AUGCCCACUUUUGCCGAAAUAUAUGCUGCGUGUCUGUACACGGGCGGCGAAGGCUACCCUCUAUGGAACCCAUCACCGCUCCGUCUUGGCGACGUCGGCUAUGUUCGCGACGGUUCUUUCAUCAGGCUCUACAAUGCUAUCGAUGGUCCCGGUCGCUUGUCAGAUGCAGCCAGCAUUCCUCUAGCGCGUCGUUCGGACCUCUCCCAUCCUCUCGAACGUACUCGCCGCGAUUCGGACGUCAACGCGUCAAAAGAGGACGCCGAGGAUGCAGUCGAAGCUCUGACAGAAUCCGAGGCAGCGUCUCGAAGGUUUUCGUUGGCGUCAUCGAACCUCUCUUCUUCUCCGGGUAGAUGCCCUAUCGGCUUGUUCAGAUCUCCUGCUUCGGAUCCUGUGCUCCCCUCGGCCGCCAAGAAGGGCUCGCCGACCUUUGCUCAUAGAGCGCUUCGCUCGGGCACGCCUCCUGAAGGUCCCCGUCCUCCCAUGCGGCUGUCGGUCGACCAUGAAGUACCCCAGCUUUUCGACAUGGGUCCACGCACAUCGUCAAGCUAUAGCUGCAUUGGCGUCAAGGGCGGUACGGGUAUCCCUGGCACGCCUGUCAGCGUCAAGAUUGGAUUCAAGAGCUCGGGAGGAGACGGCGCUAUUCUCCUUUCUCGUGAUCCCACCGAGCGCACACGGCUCAAACAUAUCGGCGUGCUCAAAGCACACAUGAAGGCUCAUUACAAGUGGAUGAUCGAGACCUAUGGUCAGAUCGAGGCCAUCGGCACCGACGAUCUCGCUCUCAUCUACGGACAGGACCGCACUUCGGACUGGGCGGUAGCCGUGUCGCGCGAUGCAGCUCGGGGAGCAGAGGUCGAGUUCGAAGUCUUCGGCUGUGCAUCGGCCGGCUUUUGGGGAAAUUGGUCGCAUACGCUCAGUGCCUGUCAACGCGGCCCACAUCGAACGCAAGCUGGAAGCGAAAGCGGCAAUGUUGAUCAGAUCGAGCCUCCGUCGCAUCAGAGGCCCGACAAUCCCAGCUGGGGUUUGAACAUCGAGGGCGGCGUCGUCAACGCGUCAUUCUCCAUCUCGCCAUCGUCGUCCGACGAUCAGGAAGACCAUCGACACACACGAGACCAGCGUCAUUGCAAGUCGGAUCGGAAACACAGCAUCACGUGGUCGCCAGCAGCCCACGCGGCUCCGGAUCAAAGCAUCUCGAUUCGUCGAAUCACCUUGUGCAAACUACCCGGACUGGGAUUUCUCCCAGCAUGGCCGAGAGCGGCCGCCGAGCCUCUCGACCCUGACGUCGAUCGAGAUCGCGACCACCCUGCUGAUGCGGUCGCCCAACAGGUUGCCAGCGGGGCCGACGCGAGUGCGAACCAGCACUGUUUCGAAGACCCGUUGAGAGUCUUGCACCAAUGGAUCCACGAGCGGGGCGAUGCGAACAUGCAGGCGUCGAUCGCCUCUGAUGACGACUGCUUGCGUCUACUAGCGCUACUCGGACACAAGCGGGCAGCCAUUAUGGGGCUUCCAAAGGCCGUGCGCACGGCUGCUGACCGCUUCGCUUGCAUAACGGUAGACGAUGCCGGCUUCGCAACCGUCUCGAUCGAUGUGGAUCGAAGCGUAAAGAUCGCAGCUGCCCUCUCGGACCUUCAGACUCAAGGGCCGCUCACGCCGUCUUUGACGCACGCAGACAGCCCCUGUCGUGGCAUCGACAAGGACCUCGGAAGGCGUUCCAGAGCGGCAAGCGCUGUGACACAGGCAGGGCGAAGCUCUGGUACAAUGGAACGCGCCGCUCGUCUGUCUUCGCACUUCAGCAAGAUACCUCCGUGCCAUCUCAUGUACAGCGUCGGAUCUUUGCUUUCCUCCCUUGUGCUGCCGCAUUGA